UAUUUAUUCUUGCAAAAAAACUUGCAUUUAAUGUCAAUAAUUAUCAUUUAUACACAGCCUGUGUACACUUUAUACUAUUUCAUAAUUCUAUGUCAUCCCUUCUAUGUUAAUAUAUUGUUAAUGGUAUUUUGUUUAUGUUUUUGUUUGUAAUGAUGUUAAUUAUAUAAAAAUUUUAUAACAAGCUCACAGAUACAGACAGAUUUUUUUUAAUUGUUACAUACGCAUUUCUGGGGACAAUUUUUGCUACACAGAAGUGACUGGUAGAAGCUUGUUUAAUACAUACACACUGAUUAUACGCGUGUGUGCACUGUAACAGUUCGUUACAGAUCAGGCCAAGUCAUACAUUAGUCCAUCAUAUUAUAUCUAAUUUGAUAAAAAAAAAUUAUAAUAAUUUACUUUUCUAAUAGUGUCUUAGACACACCACAGUAUUGAGGUAGUGUGUAAUCACAGAGACAUUAUUUAAAUGUGUGACAGUAGCAUGCUACAGAAAAAAAGAAUGAAGCAAAUUUUUCUACCAAGGCGGAGUGUAUUUGAAACAAAUACAACAUAUUUAGGUUUCUAUUUUGUGCUAAGUUGAUGUGGUAACAUCAACGCUUAGGUUGGGUUUGUUGUGUGUGUGUGUGUGUGUGUGUGUGUGUGUGUGUGCUUGUGCUUGUGUGAAGCAGGUGUGUUCUAGAAUGAAAUGAAUUAGUAAUUUUUAUAAUAAUAUAGCAUGUGUGUAAAUGUGUGUAGAUAGGGUUGUUAGAUUACUUUUGUAUUUGUAUUUUGUGGUACUGCUAAUGGAUACAUUUUAUAAUACUAAAACUGGAAAGCUCGAAAAUUAUUAGCUAAUUGUAAAAAACAAAAAGUAAAAAAAACAAAACAAAAAAAAAACAGACUAUAAUUCUAAAAAAAAAAUGUUUGUUGAAAAUUAAGGUUAGGAAAAAUAGAAUAUUUGGUCCAGUUUAAGUUUUAAAUAUAAUUCAUAUAAUACAAUAUUUUUUUAAACGUUCUAAUAAAUCAUCUUUAACUGCAGAGAUUGAUCUCGAGUGAAACGCUCUUGUUCAGUGUGUUGAGUUGUGCAUUAGUGUUCCACUGGUGAAUUCAGUAUAGAUCUUAUACUGUGACCCAUCGCUUUAUCCACACCGAUAAUGUAAAUAAUACAUUCAUUAGUAUCAGAUGUAGAGAUCUUUGAUGAUUACGUGUGACAUUUUCAGAGGACCGACAUCGAUGAGCAUGAAAUGUUUGCGGAUCCGGUUUUCUGCUAAAUCUAAUAGUUGUGUUUGGCCCAUGUGGCAAUCGUGUUUGUCUGUUACGCUUAUUUUUAUAGUGUCUUCUUUGUUAAGUUUGCAUGCCAGAGCGCAGGCAGCAGCUGGGGGGAUAUGUCUCUGUUUAUUGCCCCUCUCGAGUUGUUGUGGUUCUUCUUUACUACUCCAAAAUCUGGCAAUAUUGUGCCUUGUCGCUUCGAGUUUUUCUUUGCUCUUAGCAUUCACAAUGAGCAAGAAUGAAAAGAGACAGGACUUUUUUAUGUGUUCCUCACUUACUGACAAGCCUAUCUUGUUUUCUCACUCACACCAGUACCCCCUUCCCGUGUUAGUCUAUAGCCGAAUGACAGUGCGAUUAUGUAUUUCUGUGGCGAACCUCCAUAAGCACUCAAUGAUGAAUUACACUUAAAUUUGUUUGACUUCAUUCCCAAGUUGGCGCAUUGAAUGCUUAAAAUGCACAACCCUCCCACUGCUUUUGCUCUUUUUUUUUUUUCCCCACCCUUCGGCUCGUUUUUAUUUUAUUACCUAUAGAGAAAACAAGGCAACGGAAUUGUAUUAGUGUAUCUUAAGUUAAAAGCUCCUUGCUCUUUGACCAAGUGUUUCAGUGCUAUUGGGUUAAUCAGAUUUUUGCUGUCUGCGUGGAGAUGCUAUCGUGGCUAAGCAGAGCAGCCCCCCACUCCGACACUAUCCAGAUGGGAUCGGCUUACGGGCCUCCUUGUCCCAUUCUCUGGCCACUCAGAAGGAGCCCUCUCGCUUCUGGCUGUUAAACAGGAUGGCCGCUGAGGAGCGGCACCUGCCCUCCAGCUGUGGCUCAUACAUAAAGACAGAGCCGUCUAGUCCGUCCUCACUGGUGGACACAGCCAGUCACCCAAGUCCCGGUGCACACUCAGACGCUAGCGGCGGCUACGGCAGUGCCAUCCACAGCCACUCUAACGGCCUUGACUCUCCUCCCAUGUUCACGCCGGCAGGACCCCUUGGUGCAGCGGGCAGCGCCUGCCGCAAGCGCUAUGACGACUGCUCCAGCACGUUGCUUGACGAUUCGGGCCCAAUCAAAUGCGAGUACAUGCUCAACUCUAUCCCAAAACGGCUGUGUCUGGUAUGCGGAGACAUUGCUUCUGGCUACCACUAUGGCGUGGCUUCCUGCGAAGCCUGCAAAGCCUUCUUCAAAAGGACCAUACAAGGUAACAUAGAGUACAGCUGUCCAGCCACCAACGAGUGUGAGAUCACGAAGCGAAGACGCAAGUCCUGUCAAGCCUGUCGAUUUAUGAAGUGUCUGAAAGUCGGCAUGCUAAAAGAAGGUGUUCGUCUAGAUCGGGUCCGAGGAGGCAGACAAAAGUAUAAAAGGAGGAUUGACGCAGAGAACAGCGCCUACCUGGGCCUCACUCUUCCACCUCCAGCAAAGAAACCAUUGACAAAGAUUGUGUCUCACCUGCUGGUAGCAGAGCCAGAGAAGAUCUAUGCCAUGCCAGAUCCCACCAUGCCCGAGAGUGACAUCAAGGCACUGACCACGCUGUGUGACCUCGCAGACCGCGAGCUGGUUGUUAUCAUCGGCUGGGCCAAGCAUAUUCCAGGUUUUUCCAGCUUGUCACUAGGAGAUCAGAUGAGUCUACUGCAGAGCGCUUGGAUGGAGAUUCUGAUCCUGAGCAUCGUCUUUCGCUCGCUGCCCUACGAAGACGAGCUGGUUUAUGCCGAGGACUACGUGAUGGACGAAGAGCACUCCCGGCUUACGGGACUGCUGGACCUUUUUGUCUCUAUCCUGCAGCUUGUGCGCAAAUACAAGAAGCUGAAGGUGGAAAAGGAGGAGUUUGUCACACUCAAGGCCAUUGCUCUCGCUAACUCAGACUCCAUGCACAUAGAGGACGUGGAGGCAGUUCAGAAGCUGCAGGAUGCUCUCCAUGAAGCGCUUCAGGACUAUGAGAACAGCCAGCACACGGAGGACCCGCGGCGGGCAGGCAAGCUGCUCAUGACCCUGCCCCUGCUGCGGCAGACCGCCACCAAGGCCGUGCAACACUUCUACAGCAUCAAGGUGCAGGGCAAAGUGCCCAUGCACAAACUCUUCCUGGAAAUGCUGGAGGCCAAGGUGUGAGCAGGUCAGGCUACGACAGCCAGGACUUUAAGAGACACAGUAACUGAGGAGAGACAAGAGGAGAGGCACACUGUUGAUUAAAAAGCAGGUUACAGACUCACCUCUCUCCCUCUAUGUCUUUUCAAAUCCCUGUCUCCCACUAUCUCUCUCAUGGACAUGAGAUGUUUUUAAAGAACAACCUUUAAAAAAAAAAUAAGCAAAAUGGAAAAACUCAGUAUAAAUAUAAAUGAUGAAGAGUUUAAAAAUAUAUAACAAAUCCUAUGUACUUGUACAGUAAUGAUUUUUUUUUGUUUAUAGUCCGUGAUUAUGUACGAAGAAAGAAAUCUCUCUAAGUCGGAGCGUUCUCAAUGAGGUGGUCAAGCUUUUUUUUUUUUUCUUUCAGUUUUUGAAAAUCUAACUCUAUACAUGUCAUGAUUAAAUCAGAACCAGUAUGUAACGUGGAGCAUCGCAUGUCAAACACGUGAUUGUUCAGCCCCAAGGACUCGUCCAGGACUUGUAAAUAUUCAUAACAGGGCGAUAAAAUAAGGACUGGCAAACAUCGUGGAAAAUGGCAGCCAUGUUGUCUUGCUCUGCUCAAAGGGAUGAGAAGACGCGUAAAUCAUAAAAUGUGAGCUUUUUUUUUCACUUGAAAUGUGAAUAUACCUCUUUAGAACAGUGAACCUGCAGCAAGGAUUUUAUCAUACCAUGUACAGGAAGUGACACAACUGGUAAACAUGUUUAAACAAACUAGUUGAGUCAGGUAGCGAGUCAUCUUACUGUGUAGUAACUCAGCAAUAAAAGGGAGCUGAUGGUACAGAUCUAAUCGAACUGCUUCGCAAUGCUGCUGCCAUUAGAACUGAUUUCAUAUUACAUUUCAUACAUUAGGUGUACAAGUGAGUGCAUUUCAGCAAUAAAUCGCACCACUUGCCUGUUGCACUGUGCCCAUUUGCUGAUGGUCGUUAGCAUUGCUGAUGUUUCCUCCAGCCCAAAUUUGGUCAGCGGUGUAAGCUGGUGCUAAAUGUUAGCUGGCAGGCUGACAAACAGACCUGAUUUGGGCAGAGUGAAAGAUGAGUGAGGAAUUGGUAGGGGGUUGGCUGUGGAGAGGGGAAUGAGGUUCAGAGGAGGAGGUAUUAAAUGAUUUAUGCCAGGUGGCGUAAGUCCAGGAGAUUCCAUGUUCAAACAAUCAGAGGCCCAUACGUCAAAGAAACUAUUCUGGGUGCGUUAAGCCGCGGGUAAAGCCGCCCCACACAGAGGAAGAAAGGUGCCCGGCAUCUGCUCAGCCCGUUUUAGAAGUGACCAAGACUUUUUUUAGUCACAACACUUUUAUAGCAAUGUAUCCAAACGAAGGUGACCAGCAGGUGCAGGUUUUUCACACCAGCGAUAUUUUUAGGCCUGCAAAGGUGGCAGAAGCCUGAAGAAUAGUGUGUGCACACAUUGAGGGCUCCUGACCCCAUGUUGACACAACAGCACUGAUGCAUUGAUUACUAAAAAGGGCUUUGGAGCAUAAACAGCUAAUUAUCCUCCUAAACCUCCUCCUCGGAAGGUUUCCAGCUAUGCGAGUGGCCUUGAAGGUUGACUAGAAACCACCUGCAUCACUCUAUUCCUGUCUGAGAGCAACGUCGGAACAACUGUGUAAAUUGCGCUUGGAAGAAAGGCGCCAUGUUGUUUUGUUUGACCUUUGUGGUGCAUGAUUGGAAAUGUAGUUCAGUACUUUAGAUUUCUGUCAACCCCUUUUCCUCCAUUUGAGAGAGUCGAGACGGAAAAGAAUGGCUUAUACUACUGAUGUCAUUUUAUGUGUUGUAAAUUGUGGCACUGUUGCAAUUUGAUACUGUGAUCAAAGGAACUGACAUAGUGAAACUCUCUCACUAUGUCAUUGGCCAAGGAGCAUUCUACUGUUCACUCAUUGGCUACUUAAUGGAGAAUAGGCAUGUACCUGUUCAAUAAAACUGUUUAAACUUGAAGUGGCCACAGUUCUGUGUACGGAAAAGGCUCAGCCAAGCAAAUAAGGACAAUGUAAUACAGGGCAUUUUUCAUUUUAUUGUGCUGACAAUGUGGGUGACAAUAAGGACCAAUUCUGACUACAAUCAUGCUGUAACUAUUCCUAAAUCACUCAGUACUGUUGUUUUGUUUGAUUUGUUUCCAUACUGCGGUUCAUAAAUUGUGACUCUAGCAUGCAGAUUGACUUUUCUCUGUGGUUAACUCUUCCAGUUUUGGCAAGACAGCUAUACCUAUAAACAUCUUUGUGGUCUAUCUCUAUGUACCCUACUUACUUGAACUACAUGUACCACUCAGCUAACCACCUCACCAUACAAGUCUGUUCGAAAGUCAUGUUAUCAGCACAUGCAUUUUGAAAGCCCAGUGUGAGCUUCAUAUACACUGUAUCUCACUUGUGUUGUUUAGUUAUUCUUGUAUUCCACAUCAGUUAUUUGUGAAUGAACAAUUUUAAUGUGAAAAACAAAGAAACAAACAGAUGUUCCCACUCUAAGCCCUUUAAGCAUGCUCCAGUCAGAAUUGGUCCGCUGUGUUCAAAAUGUCAAGAACGAAAAUGGAUUUUAUUUUCUCCUGAAAUAUAUUUAUUGUGUGUAUUAUAUCAAUUUGGUCGCACUGUACAAUAAUAUCUCUGAUUGUUCAUUUAGGAAUUCAUGUGUCACAUUCUUUUUUGUUUUGAUGUCAAAAAAUGAGAAAAAAGGAACAAAGAAAAGAUAUACUCCCAAAG